CCUCUGGAUUCGCAACGCCAUUGGCAGAUUAUAGACAAAGGGCGGGUCUACGGGAGGAGCCAGUGGGAAGUGAAAGUGUCAAUGUCAAACAGCGAAACGAGCCUGGAUCAGCUGUUUGGAAAGAUUACUGCAACGUCCACUGAUAAAGCCCCCAGGGACACUGAGGCAGGUACCAAGUGUAAACCGUCUGGUGGCUGACGCCGAGGAGCGCAUCUUAUCAAGGAAACAUGAAUACACUACCGAGGAAAAGCAUGUUUGCACUGUGCAGAAAUGCCAGCAACUGCGUCGUGAAAAUUCUUUCCAGUCAUGCCGGUCACCCUGCAGCCUGCCCGACCAGCAUAGCGUGUCUCGGGGGAGUGAGAGUUUGUCACAGUGGGACCGGACCCUAUAAAAACAAGGGCAGCGUUAGCACCAAGAAGCGUGGCUAUGACAUCACGAGGAACCCGCACCUGAACAAGGGCAUGGCGUUCACCCUGGAGGAGAGGAUGCAGUUGGGGAUCCACGGCCUGCUGCCCCCCUGCUUCCUCACGCAGGAUGUCCAGGUGCUGAGGGUCAUGAAGAGCUACGAGAUCCGCAGCAACCCCCUCGACAAGUACAUCCUGCUAAUGACGCUCCAGGACAGGAACGAGAAGCUCUUUUACCGCCUGCUGACCUCCGACAUCGAGGAGUUCAUGCCCAUCGUUUACACCCCCACUGUGGGGCUGGCCUGCCAGCAGUAUGGCCUGGCCUUCAGGAGACCACGGGGGCUCUUUAUCACCAUUCACGACCGGGGCCACAUCGCCACCAUGCUGAACUCCUGGCCUGAGGAGAACAUCAAGGCCAUCGUGGUGACUGACGGGGAGCGGAUCCUCGGACUGGGGGACCUGGGCAGCUACGGAAUGGGCAUCCCGGUGGGCAAACUGGCCCUCUACACUGCCUGUGGAGGAGUGCCACCCCAGCAGUGCCUGCCUGUGCUGCUGGACGUGGGGACCGACAAUCAGGUGCUGCUGGACGACCCCCUGUACAUCGGGCUGAAGCACAAACGCGUGCGCGGGAAGGAGUACGACGACCUUAUUGACGAGUUCAUGCAGGCCGUCACGGACAAGUAUGGGAUGAACUGCCUGAUUCAGUUUGAGGACUUUGCCAACAGCAACGCCUUCCGCAUCCUCAACAAGUACCGCAACCGAUACUGCACCUUCAACGAUGACAUCCAAGGCACAGCCUCUGUAGCGGUCGCUGGUAUCCUAGCAGCCCUCCGGAUCACAAAGAGCAAACUUUCUGACCACACGUUUGUGUUCCAGGGAGCAGGAGAGGCUGCGCUGGGCAUCGCUCACCUGCUCAUCAUGGCCAUGUGUAAGGAAGGCAUCCCUUACAGCGAGGCUGCCAAGAGGAUAUGGAUGGUGGACUCCAAGGGACUCAUCGUCAAGGGCAGAAGUCAUCUGAACCACGAGAAGGAGGAGUUUGCUCAUGAACACGCUCACGUGAAGACCCUGGAGGAGGUGGUGCAGAUCAUCAAGCCCUCCGCAAUCAUCGGGGUGGCGGCCGUCACAGGAGCAUUCACAGAGAAGAUCAUAAAGGACAUGGCCCAGUUCAACGAGAGGCCCAUCAUCUUCGCCCUCAGUAACCCCACCAGCAAAGCAGAGUGCACAGCCGAACAGUGCUACACGCUGACCGAGGGUCGGGGCAUAUUUGCGAGUGGAAGCCCCUUUCACAAAGUAACCCUGGGAGAUGGGCGGACCUUCUACCCCGGUCAGGGCAACAACGCCUACGUGUUUCCAGGCGUGGCGCUGGGUGUGAUCGCCUGUGGCGUGCGACACAUCUCUGAUGAAAUCUUCCUCGCCACAGCCGAGGCGAUAGCAGAGAUGGUGACUGAGGAGAACCUGGCAGAAGGCAGACUCUAUCCUCCCCUCAGCAACAUCAGGGAGGUGUCCUUCAAAAUUGCGGUCAAGCUGGUUGACCACGCCUACAGGAACGGCAUCGCCUCCUUGUACCCUGAACCGAAAGACAAGGAGGCCUUCGUCCUGUCUCACAUCUACAGUCCCGACUACGACUCCUUCACCUUGGACACCUACAGCUGGCCCCUGGCUGCAAUGGAGGUCCAGGAUGUGUAACCAGAGACAAAGUAUAGCGUAUACUAUACUGUCUACUGUAGUAUGUAUGCUGCAGGGGACUGGUAACUCUACAAUGCUUCUUCUCUCCUUUUCACCUCCAUGCACUCCCACUUACUGCAGGCCCUCCUGCUCCCUAUCAGCAGUGUUAACUCCUGUUGCCAUAGUAACACUCCUGUGACGUCAUCACCCUGGGCUGGUGAAGGCUGCCCUCACCCUCUACUUCCUGUUCCUCUCUCCUUCCUACAGGAAGUCUGCUGUCUGGUUUAGUUUCUUUCCACUUCCUCUCUUGACUCCAUAUUCCCUUGGAGUCCCUCUUCACCAAUUACACAACGGAGUUUGUGGCAAAUCUUUCUCCAUUUCCAAAGGGUUUGCUCUAAAUCUCCAGACACUAGUUCACAUAGUAGUUUUGGUCACACUACAUUGCAAAUCUCUGGAAACCCACCUUGCUUUCAGUCAUUUUAUGAGAUGCACUGAAGAUUUUCAAGAUCUUAAUGAGGUGUUGAUUUAAACAAUUAACAUGACUGCUUAUAUCCGAGUUUAAGUAAAUGCCUGUAUUGAACCAAACAAGAUUGUGUUCAAAAGAUGCUUAACCAUCCUUUACACAGGAUUGUUUAAUCUUCACAAAAAAAAGCUGAGAGCAGGUAUUUGCUACUUUGAGACCAUUUUGAAACCAAGUGAAUGACCGACCAGCCUUUGGUGGUUGUCACUGAUGGGGGAUGUGUCCAGACCACAGGCCCUGUUGUGCAGACCGUUUUUCAUACCUAACUGUGCAAUAUAAUUACCCAUUUCAUCUCUGAACUGCCAGAACACUCCUUCAGGCCUGCCAUAUAAAGAUCCUCUUGCACUCUGCCCAUC